AUGUAUAAUCUCUUUUUGUCAUUCGUCUUGGCCUUCUGCCUAGCCACGCGCUGGGCAGUUGCUGCUUCGACUCCAAGUCAGAUCGCCGACUCCCUCAAUGACCUAGCACAGCAAGGAUAUGCUGCUAAGGCACUCGUGGUAAAAAUGAAUACCACUGCGGACGCUGGUCCAAUCUCUGAUUUUUACAAUGAGAUAGACGGGAUGGUCACUGCGGUUCUAUCAGAUGUAAAGGAUGUGGUCAACACGCCGAUCAUUUCCGAUUCGGGGGAAGAACAGACGGUCUACAAUGGAUACUCAAGUUUUGUGCAAUCCCUCCUUGAACUCAUGGACGCUUUGUCGAGCAGCGCAUCCCAGCUGAAAUCGAUCGACUCAGCAACCAAGGACAGAGUUCCCUCUGAAGUUCGCUACUUGCAAAGUGCCGUUGACGCCUACUUCUACAACGUCAUCGGUCUUUUCCCAGAGACCAGCGCGUACAAUACCCAGGCCAGCAACCAGAAGUCUCAGGUUGAUACGCACUGCUUCCAGGCUGUUUCGGCAUUUGAUCUCAAUUAUAACAAUGGUAAUCAGGGUGCUUCCCAAGGGCGUAACCAAGGCCCCUUCCACUCGGGUCGAUUCAGAAAGCACCGCUCCUCCCCAUUUUAA